AAUAAAUCCAACGAAGAAGAAGAACGAAACAACAACGUGCAGUAGCUUGAAGUGUUGAUGCAGAUAACUGGAGGAAACAGCGAGAAGACUCAACAUGGCGACGCCGAUGUCUGUGCUCCGCCUGCCUAAAGGACCGGACCCCAACAGCCGCGGAUUUGACCCCAAAUCCCCCCGCUUCAUCGCCCUCUGUCGCACCUCUAUCCCCUCGUCUGCUGCGUCGGAGGCGGGCGCUGAGGAGCUGCAGAGGGAGCAGCAUGCACGAUCCGUGCUGAGGGAGAGUUUCCUGCGAUGUCUGCUCUCCAUGACCAACAAGAAGGUGCAGUUCCACAUGCAUGAGAAGGUGAAGGUGGAGGCCACGUUCGGAGCGUCCGACAUCGACGUGCUGAACUUUCAGGUGUCGAACCUGCACACUCCCAUCGGGGUGCAGAAAGAGGCGCUGAUCCGCUGUCAGGACGUGAUUUCAUUCACUUUUGAUGCUUGAACACUUGCUUUUGUUUCCUGAGACGGGAUAUCAUCACAUUUGGGAUGAGGGACACUUUGGAGUCUCAAUUUGCUGUUGCAAGUGAGCUCUGUUUUCACACUGUGAGAUAGUUUAUACAACCGGUUACAUUUUUAUAAGUGUGGUUGCUGAUUUUAACCACCUUCUGCAUUGUCACAGACCGGCAGUUCCACUUUUUCGGCACAAGAGGGAGUCGCGUUCAUGUGUUUUAAGACAGAUGACAGUUUGGACUAGGAUCGGAGGAUGAUAUUUGACAAAGACUUGAACAAUAUUUUGAUAAUAUGAUGAUGUUUGCUGUUGACUUCUGAUGUUUUCAGAAGAUGUUUAACCACAAUAACACCUGAAAAGUAACUGUAAUCUAUAUCUGUAGGCUCUUUUUUUACCCUGACAGCUACAUCAGUCUAAGUUCACAAAGUUGUAUGACUUAACUUAUGCAGCCUUUAAGACCAGGAAGUAAAACCAAUAUUUAGCCUCACAUCAUAAUUUAUCUCAGUAUGUCUGCUCUAACAUUGUGAGCAUUUAAGUUUUUUUUAGCACUGACGUCUUUCCUUGUGAGAUGCAG